AUGGCACACUUCCGAGAGAAAGUCUUCUGGCAUACCGUGGUGACGUUAUUGGCCUGGGGAGCUACCUUGCUGUCGCCGGGUUUGCUCGUCGUGGCCAAUACCAGCACGUCCACCGCCUUUGUAACGACACAACGGCGCCCCAUCUAUACUGCGAGUGAACGUUCUACUCCUGAGAAAUGCGUUGCCGGAAAUUCGUUGUCGUCCGAGUCUUCUUCCUUUCCUUCGUUGACGUCACACGAUGGCAAUCGUAGGAGAGACAAUCCGACAACGACUGCGCUUGGAUCCCGACCUCGUCGUCGCAACUCCGACCGCGACGAAGGAGAAGCAGAUCGCUCCAACUACCACAGUGACGACGGAGCGGAAAAGGAAAUCCCGCAGUUGCCUGCCUUUGGAGCGACGUCUCGAGGGAUGCACUCGUCCGCUACGAGCCGUGCCAAAAAUAUGACCACGACAGACGCCACUUUGGUGAAUCGCAAAUUUGAUCUACUCUAUACCUGCAACUUGUGUGAUACACGCAACGUACACAAGGUGACUCGUAUUGCGUAUCACAAGGGUGUCGUCAUAGCUACCUGUCGUGGAUGCGCCGUGCAGCAUUUGAUUGCCGACAAUUUGGGAUUUACCAAAUUGUGGGAAAACGCACCGCACAAGGGAACGAUUGAAGGAUACUUUGAAUCGCAAAACGAGGAACAGAUCGAUGCAGAAAACCAGGCAAAUACGCAGGCGGUUGUCAGUCGAGUGUCUAAAGAGGUUUUUGCUUUGGAAAAGACUCUGCAGCACGAUACUUCCUCGGGUGCCAUUGUCGAUGAAGAUGGCAACCUGGCCAUGGAGUAG